UGUGCAACUGUGAAAUCCGAAAGCAGUUGUGUUGUGGGGUUGUGCAGUGAGUGUUGUGUAUCAACGGACAAAUGAACGCAGCGGCAUUACCGUAUAACCAAAAAACGCAAGGUGAUUGCUGUUCGAAAAUUCCUGACGGUUAAUAGUUUCGUGAUACACGGGACUCAGUGAAAAGUGAGGCUAGAAUCCGGGUGCACGUCUUCCCCAGGCCCAUGGAUAGUGUCGCUGUUAAUGGCGGGAACGCCGAGGUGGCGUGCGAAGGUUUUAACCUAGAAACCGUCGAGCAACCGGAGAAACAAUCCGAACAAAAAUCGGAGGAACCGAUGGAAGUAGUCGAAGAAAAUGUACAGGAAGUUAAUGGGGACGUGAAAGAUAUCUCAUCUCCAGGGAAAAGAAAUUUGCGGAAGACCAAGGCCAACUCGACGAGCACCGUCGAGAGUGACGCAAAGCCCAAGAUGAAGGGACGUAAACGGAAACUCUCAGAACCUGACAUCAACUCCGAGGAUUCUGUGGAUUUCAGUGGUUUUGACAAACACUGCUUCAAUAACUCCCAGACCGGAAACUUGGUUCUUCAAAAACUCAUUGCUGAAGCAGAAUUGUCUGUCGCUCCUAAACCAAAACGCGGAAGACCUUCUCGAAAGAGUUUUCUAAGUGAAGAAGAUUCCGCCGCAGAGAGCAUUAAACCUCUCAAAGAAUCCGAAUCAGAUUCCACCGAAAAAGCAAAUAAUAUAGAAUCCGAAGGGACUCGUCUGAAAUCCGUCGAAGUGGUUACCAAAUCGUCAGAUUCAUCUGUGAAUAGCAGUACACCGAUAUUAAAAUUGAGAGGAACUCGAUUAUCCCGCGGAGUUAGUCCUCCAAGCACGGGAAAGCACAAAGUCGAUCUGACGAAUCCCGCUUUUCAAGAACCGUUCAAACAUGGCUGGAAGCGCGAAUUAGUUUUCAGGGGGACCGGUUUUGAUGCUAAUAUGAAAAAAAUGUCUGAUAUUUAUUAUAUCACACCAAAGGGGAAAAAAGUAAGAAGCUUCCGAGAAGUCUCCACGAGCUUGACUGCAAAAGAAAAUCUGACUUUGGAGAACUUUACCUUUCAUAAAGAAGCACUUGGUUUGAAUGAUCCCGAAAAGGAAAUAAUUCGAGAAGCCAGAAAAGGAAAGGACGCAACUCCAAUAACAAAGACCCCGAAUAAAAAAGUAGGGGCUCCUGCAAAGAAAAGUACAACACCGAAAAAAGCUGAAGAUCCUCCGGAAUCAACUCCGUUAGUUAAAUCUCCUCCUCCUCUUACAAAGGCUGUCGCGAAAGCUGCUAAGACACCCGCGACCCUAAAAGUUAAAGCUGCUAAGAAGACUCCUCUAAAAAAAGAGACAAAGCAGCAAAAGCAAUUAGAACGGCAACCAAGUCCUGCACUCGCGGCUUCCGAAGUUAAGGAAAAUGAGAUGCUUCCACCUCAAAAGAAUUCUCCAGCAACAAGGAGGAGUCAACAGGCAGCGGAGAAAACCCUUUCACCGAAGGCAAAGCGGGCAUUGAAGGCCAAAGUUCUGGAACCAUGUAGCAUCCGAUGUUCAACCAGCAUGGGCCAGAUUCCGAGUUUACAGUGUUGCGUCUGCCUUUGUCUUUAUCACCCUGAAUGCGUCAACAGCGUGGAUCAUGCAGGCAGUGAUGAUUAUGUCUGCGAGAAUUGUCGGCAAGACACGGAAGAAACAGUUUCUCAACUUCAACCACUGAAUUCGUCUCUCACGCCUCCACCAUUAAUACCAAUUAGCAUGUUAAACACAUCCAACGCAAAAUCCAAGCUUCAGGGAAACUUAGCGCCUCCGAAACUGCAAAGAAUACCAAAGGCCGAUGGUUCAGAGCCACAUUUGCGAAUUGCUUCCAAACAUUCAAAAGCAGUUUCCGUUCUGACUUCAUCUGCGCAGUCUGAUAAAAAAGAAGCAAAAAGAUUCGCUCAAACUGAAAAUGACUUUCUGCACAGCUAUGAUGGCAUAGUUCCAAAACCUGCGCAAAACAUUGCCACAAUGGCAGGAAAAAGGUACAUUAUUGUACCAAAAAAUAACACGAUGUCUGUGCAACCUGCGAUCACAUUAAAACCUGACAAGAUCGGAGACAAACCUCCUACUUUACAAAAAAAUUCUGCAACUGAUAAUUCUAAUGUAACUGAAAAUCAAAGUUCGCAAGUGGCGGCGACGGAAGAGCCAAUUGAGAAGGUCGCUAGUAAAAAAGAUAAUGAAGUCUUAGCAGAUAAGCCAGAGGCUAAUCAUAAAGAUGAGAAUAAUGAUCAGAAAGUCAAAGAUAAUUCAAAAGAUGUUUCUAAAGAUGAUUCGAAAGAUGCUUCCAAAGAUACUUCGAAAUCAGAAGAAACUCCUGCCGAACCUCCGAAAGAUAAUUUAAUUACAAUGGAUGUUGACUCUAAUGAAUUGUCUGAUCAUGUAAUACAAGAGUUGGAAGAUAUUAGAUUUCCUGAGGUUGAACCUCCAGCGAAGAAAAAAUUGAAAAAAUUAGAGGCGAAGAAUCGAAGAUCGUCACAAAAUAAAUACUUAGCAAAUGGUACCACGCACAAUAAUGAUAAUUUUAAAGUGGAGAAUUCUAAUUCAGUGGAUGAUCGGACUUCGACUGCGAUCCUCAAUAUUGCGCGAGCGGGCAUCAAAAAGAAACAGAUUCAGGCUGAGACGGAUCAGAGACAACAUUUUAUGGUGUCAGUUUGCGCUGGUUACCACGCAUUAUCGAAAAUAUUUCAAUACCUGAAAGUUCAGGAAUUACUGCGAGCUGCGAGGGUUUGUAAAAUGUGGAGAGAUCUUGCAGCGCAUCCUUCUUUGUGGAAAACGGUGCGAAUGAAAAAUAGUCAGGUAACGGAUUGGGACGGCCUGGCAGAAACUUUGAAGAGACGUGGUACCCAACACUUGGAUUUGAGAAAAAUGCUAGUUUCGGGUGACUUUGACACGAUGUGGAAAAAGUUCGUCUCCGUAAUUCCACAAGUGACGAGUCUUGUAAAGCUAGAAUUGUGUCGUUGUUCAGAGGUUGUUGUAGAAGAAGUCAUAAAAAAUUGUCCACAGCUGGAAGUCUUGAGCGCUCUGACGAUAAAGUGCGAGGCAUUAAAUCUAGAGUCGGUAGGAAAUCUUAAGAAAUGUCACGAGUUAAGACUGAAAUCUGUGGGAGGGAUGCAACUUAAAGGUGACCUUGCACCUUUGCAAGAACUAACGCAGCUGACACAUCUGAGCCUCACAUCUAUCAAAGAACUCGGUAAGAAGAAGCUCGAAGUCCUGCAAUCGCUAGUAAACUUGGAAACUCUCGAAUUGGGAGAGUGUUCUGAUUUCCCGGAGAAAUUCGGUACCGAGGUUCUGGUUAAACUCAACAAAUUGGAACGUUUGAGGUUUGAAAAGGGUCAAGGUUUAUGUUGCACUUUCGACAUCCUGGAGGGAGUUUCCAAAAUGGAAAACUUAACGCAAUUGGAACUGGUUAAUUUUGACGUAAAGAACGGUUUUGACAAAUGCUUAGCCAGCUGUACGAAUAUCAAACGAUUGUUGAUCAUACCAACAUAUAUAUCGCAGUCCGCAACCUCGAAUAAUAUGGUUUUGGCUGGCGUUAUUGAACUCUCGAAUAACUUGACGCAUUUUGUUUGGGGCGUGACACUUGAGCUGUUAAGGGUCACUGAAUUAUUUGUUGACCAAUGUAAUCAGAUGAGCAAACCUGUUAGUGGAGAAUCCAUACCGGUACUAAAACCAGUUCCUUGUUUAAAGCUUAUUCAAGAUGUUGAAGAGGAACCCGAAAGUAAAAAAGGAGAAGAUGACAUGCAACCCAGUGUGGCAAAUCCGCAGGUUGAUAUUUUGCCUCUGUCCCAGUUGCAAAAGCUUUUAUUGACUGCUUUGCCGAAAACCAGAGUGAAGAUCCUGAAAAUUCCGUUCAACGCUACCUGGCGGCAAAAUAUUUCAGACACGACUGCGCAAUAGGAUGUGAUUGGUGACGUAUGAAGUAAGCGAUAUUUUCAACAAGAUGAAGAUUCGUGAAUGGAUUUUAGAAUUGUUGCGACUUACACUUGAGCAAUUUUUGUACCCAAUUUUUGCCCAUCCUGCAGUGUUAAGUGCGUGAAUCUCUGAAUACUCUUUCUCUCUUUGAUUGAAGUGUCGCUGAAGAUUUGGCGCAGACUCGAUUGCCACAAAGGUGUCUUGUGAUUGAUGUCUGAAAAGCCUUGUCUGGUGAUGAUUCAGUCAGUGGUUUAAUUUGACUUUCGAUGGACAAUCGAUAAAGCGCAAUGACUUAAAAAAGAAGCGAUCAGUCCACUCGGCAGUUAAUUUGUACUUGGUUGAACCGAGCAACUGAAUCAUGUGGCAAACCUUCAUCGGGAGCUAUAGAAAUAAAGCUACAUUAGAAAUUAGAUUGUACAAUACCAUGAAAUAUUAUAUAUAUUAUAUAUAUAAUAGUUCUAACAACUGUUUGAGUUUUUUCGCUGCAAGGAAGUUAAUACUGAACAUUCUCGGUAACUAGGUAAAUUGUGUAAUAUAAUUCCCCGUGUUCUGUUGUUACCCUGGCGUUGUAAUUAGGGUACUUUGUGAAAAUCUGCGAAAUAUGCUAAAAUAUACCAUUUUUGGCACGAAGAGAAUAUUAUAUUUUAUACACGGAUACAUGGUGGAUGGUUAUGAUCUGCGAUCCGACGUUAUGCGUUUCAAUGUUAAUAUAAUGGAUGCAAUUGAAGCAUAAAAUAUGAGCGCCCACAAUACUUUCUUAAGUUUAUCAAUUAAAUUAAAGUAUGACGUUGCUUGGUAUAGGUUGUUUUGAACUUUAGUUUGGUUUUUUGUGUAAAAAUAUUUUUGAGUCUUAUUGAUAUUCUAAAUUCCUUUGCAGCGCGAAAAUUCAUCGAUUCCCUUUCCAUUUUAACAAUUUUAGUUUCAUCUAUGACAUUCAGGAGAUUCUAGGGAAUAUGAAGAGGGAAACAAAUUGGACGUGAGCAAUAUGAGUUGCCGAGGAGUCUAUGAUUAGUAAAUUAUGCAGACAUCUAAAUUAUUACUUUUAACUUUAUGAAAUUAAAGAUUCAUGACCGAAUAAUUAACAUGUACUGUUUUUCCAAGGGGGUUGACUCAUUUCCUGAAAUUCAUAGCGUCUUCUAUUUAGAACUAAUUUUGAUUAAGUGCAUGAUUAUAUUUUGACACAUUUUAUUGAUGUACAUAAUACAGUAAUAACUUAAUUUCCUUUAGUUUAUCUUUUGUUCUUUACGUUUUUCAUCACAUGUUUCCAUUUACAUUAAAGAAAAUAUAUAAAACAUUUGAAACGUUGCUCUUUUUAAAUCUCAACGAAUUAAAUUCAAAUUAUUUUAAAUUACAUUUUUUCUAGUCAGAUCACUUAUAUUAUGUUUUAUUUUUCAGUAAUUUCAGGCUGACUGACUAAUGAACUAUUAAUUCAAAUACUUUGAAUCUAAAGACGUGAUUAGAAAAACAUAAAAAAUAGUUUUCAAUCUAUUAAAUAGUUUUAAUUUGUUCUAAAUGUUAUAUUAUUAGAUUUUAAUAAUUACAAUACUGACUCUACUCCUUAUCAGAUACAGAUUUUGUAGGGUUAGGAAAGAUUUACUGAUACGCGAAGAUGUCGACCAUAAUUGGCUUCGUUUUCUUUCGUUGACUUUUGAGAUUGAUAACAUUCUCUAGAAUUUCUUAAAUGCUCAAUUCGGUAAAGGGCAAAAUUUUAAAAACUACUCCUAAAAAUUUGUAUUUUUCGAUGACCAAUAUUGCAAAUAUCUAGCCUGUAGCUGAAUUGAUAGUAAUAGCUACAUCCGAAAUAUUAUUCGGAAGAUAUUUUAUUUUACGAGUUUAAAAUUUUGAAAGAUUAACUGGCUAGUUACAAUUUGGUCUACUAUUAAGCCCUUUUCUUGAAAAUUUAACUUUCUAAAACAAAGCUAAAUUAAGAAAACCCGUGUAUACUUUUUAUACACGUAGUACAUAAUAGGAGAUUAUGUAUACGAUUGGUGCACACCUAUUGACAAUGUACAUUAUUUCGAUUGUUCGUUUAUAACAAAUGAUACAGUUACAUUAAAAAGAUCAAAACCCAU